AUGGACAGAGAAGACGGCAGAAGCCACACCCAGCACAGAAGAAUCUCAUUAGAAAUAGACAAGGAUGUGACUUACACAGCAGGCCUGACUAAAGUCAUGUGUACAUUAAAUUAUUCAGCCCAACAGAAGAAGGGCAUCUCAGCUACUGUAAUUAUAGAAGACGGUGCAGUCCCCAGAAAUAUUUCAAAAACCCGUGUGGAAAGACUAAUUGAAGAGUCAGAGCGUGCAAUUGAGACAAUCUUUGAUAGCUUAUUAUUGGAGACAGAGAACUCAUAUAACAUAAUAUGCAGGGUACUCUGUGAUAACGGAUCAUUAUUAUCAGCAAUAAUUAAUAGUGCCUCUCUUACACUACUAAGCUACAAGGUCCCUAUAAAAUAUCUUGUAUUUAGUGUGACAGUAGGCUUGUCCCCAAUGAAACAUGAAGAGUACAUUGUAGAUUUAACAGAACCAGAAGAAAGGUCUGAUAUACCAUGCAUUACACUUGCCACAGGCUGUGCAGACUAUGAUACAAUUAUAUCUUAUGGAUCUACGUCUAAGCCCAUUGCAGAACAAGCCUUUCUAGACCUAAUAUCAUACUCCGUCCAGGCCUCCAAGGAAGUCUCUCAGAAGAUAAUUGAAAAGGCACGGGCAUUCGGGUUGUAA